GUCCCGCAGAGGCGUCACACAAGACAAGAAAAAAACUUUUUUCUUGUUUGAUCUCAUUGCUUUCCCUUUUUUUUUUUGCUACUCUUUUGAAAGAUUAUCAUGACUGAUUCCAGCAAACCUCAUUUCUCUCUCCCCACUGUUCAUGACAGCGAAAGUGGCUGGGGACCUUCCAGUACCAUCACACCUGAACAAUUCCGUGAAAUUCCUUAUGCUCCUUAUAGCAAGGCCGAUAAACUCGGUCGUGUUGCUGACUGGACCAACCCUGAAGGUCAAAAGCAAGACAACAACCAAACCACAGGGGGCCGUCAAGGAAGAGCUGGUUUCAGCCGUUUCAACAGAGAUCAACAUCAAGCUUAUGGUGCCUCUUUUGCUUCUGCAUUUGCUCAUUUCCAUACAGAAGAUGAAUCUUCUUUCUCUGUUGUCGAUAACCGAUCGGCUGGUACCAAGAAGCAAGCCCUGAAGGCUGUCGGCGGCGGUAACGUACGCAACACUCGUACCCAAACUACCAAGCAACCUGGAUUCCGUACUGUCGGUCAACGCCCUGCUGCUGGUCGUUACCAACAACAAGCCAAUCGACGCAGAUAUGGGUAUAAAGACUACGAUAAACCUCAACGUGUUCGUAAUGCCUCUAUCACUAUCGGUACAGAUUGGAAAGUGUUGGAUGAAAUUGAGUUUAGUCGUCUUAGCAAGUUGAACUUUAACAUUCCUCAAGUGAACGAUGUUGCUACUUUUGGUGCUGUCAACCUCUAUAACAAGGCUUACGAUCGUGUCAACACCAAGAACGAAAAGAUGCUUGCCCAUAUUGACCGCGUCAAAUACGACACCACCACAUCUGAAGAUCCUGUCAUUCAGAAAUACAUUCAAGAAAACAAGGCUACUGUCUUUGCCACGGAUGCUGUCCUUUCCCUCUUGAUGUGUGCUACUCGUACUGUCUACCCCUGGGACAUUGUUGUCAAGAAGACAGCGGAUGGCAAGGUGAUUUUGGACAAGCGACCCGGUGGCGUCUUUGACUUUGUUACUGUAAACGAAAACUCCUAUGACCCUCCUACUGAAUCUGACAGAGACACCAUCAACUCAUGGUCUUCUCUCUGUAACGAAGCCACCUACAUUAACCAAAAUUUCUCGCGUCAAGUACUUGAUCCUAAGGUGACUGAAAAGUUCGACAGCCCUAACCCUUUUGCCACAUCCGACACGGCCUCCGAGCUUGCUUCUUGUGGUUACCGCUACAGAGAAUUCAACUUGACCAGCGCUGAUGCUUCUGAAGGCGCUGAACAGAUCCACAUGAUUGUCCGUACUGAAGUCGAUGCUGCUGUCAAGCAAGGCAACACCACCAACUACGUGACGAUCCGUGCCUUGAACGAAUUCGAUCCUACGGCUCAAGGUGCAGGUGGUGCUUUGCCCUGGAAGAAGAGUUUGGAUUCUCAACGUGGUGCUGUGGUGGCUACUGAAAUGAGAAACAAUGCUGCCAAAUUGGCUCGUUGGGCUGUCCAGGCGAUUUUGGCCGAUGCUGAACAACUCAAGUUAGGUUAUGUGGCUCGUUACAGUCCCAAGGACAACACUCGUCAUGUCAUUCUUGGUACACAAGCCUAUAAGCCUCGCGAUUUUGCUUCUCAAAUGAACUUGAGUUUGACGAACGGUUGGGGUAUUGUCAAGGCUGUGGUUGAUAUGUGUCUUCAGUUGCCUGAAGGUACUUAUGUGAUGAUGAAGGAUCCCAACAGACCUAUUCUUCGUAUCUAUGUUGUUCCUUCUGAAGUUGAUUUACAGAAUGAAGAUUAUGAUGAAGAAGAAGAAGAAGAGGAAGCAGUCGAAGAAGAAGAACAAGAUGAAGAAUAAAUAAAAUUUGAUAGAUUUGUUACUCC